AUGAGAAAAGUCAUAGCUGUUGAUGGGACAUUUUUGAGAAGUAAAUAUGGUGGUGUGUUGUUGUCUGCUGUUGCACAGGAUGCGGGGAAUCAUAUUUUUCCGGUGGCAUUUUGCGUAGUAGACUCUGAAUGUGAUGCUUCCUACCGAUACUUUUUCGAGCAAUUGAGAAGUUUUGUACUUGAUACUCCUGAAUUGUGCAUAAUCUCUGAUAGACAUCAAAGUAUUAGAAAGUUGGUUUCAAUUGUAUUUCCUUCAGCUCAUUAUGGUUGUUGCAUGAGGCACUUAGGAGAAAAUAUUCAAAAUAAUUUUCACAAUGCGAGUGUUGUCUACCACUUUUAUAAGGCGACAAAAGCAUACAAUAUUGAUGUGUUCAGUGAUCAUUUUAAUCGGAUAAGAGAUUUGGUUCCACAGGCUGCCACACAUCUUGAACGCGUUGAAUUUCACCAAUGGAGCAAGGCAUUCUUUCCCGGAAAUAGAAAAAGACUUGCAAAAAAUAUUAAUCAGGGGAACAAGCUAUUGGUCUAUCAAACUGCCAACUACAAGUAUAUUGUCACCAGUCAUGAUGAAUUUGCAACAGUUGAUUUGCUAGCCAAAUCUUGUACUUGUAAAGUCUUUGACAUUGACAAAGUACCUUGUCCACAUGCUAUGGCAGCGCUUCGAUGCCAAUAUGGUGAUGACUAUGGGAGACGCAUUUAUAAGUACUCCUCUUCGUAUUACAAAGUAAAGGUAUACCUUAUUGCAUAUGUGGAGGAAAUUAAACCGGUUCCAUCUUAA